AUGUCUGGACCGUUCCACCUGAAACUCAACUGUAUUGUCUUGGGCGAUAAUCCUCGCCGUAUUUUCCCGGUCGACAUUGAGCGGACGGAGAUUGUUGGUGACCUCAAAGAGGUCAUCAAAGACAAGAAAAGGCCGGAAUUUGACCAUGUUGCCACUGACCGUCUUGAGCUAUGGAAGGUCGACCUGCCCAUCAAUGAGAUGAUUGAGCAAAAUCUCAACAAUCUUACACUUGACCCAAUGAAAUCCCUAUCACCUGUGGAUGAAAUGGUAGAGAUUUUUCCCGAUGCUCCUCCGCGCAAGUAUCUGCAUAUUAUUAUCCAAUGCCCGCCUGCCGUGUCUUCCGGACCGCUCCGCCUGAAACUCAACUGUAUUGUCUUCGGCGAUGAUCCUCGCCAUAUUUUCCCAGUCGACAUUGAGCGGACGAAGACUGUCAGUGACCUCAAAAAUGUUAUCAAGGUCGCUAAGAAGCCAGAGUUUGACCAUGUUGCCGCCGACCGUCUUGAGCUAUGGAAGGUCAAGAUCGAUUGGAACAAUAUAGAUUUACGGAACGCGAUCAUAGACGGAGGCGUCGAGCUGCACCCAUUAACCGAACUGUCCGAUGUGUUUGCGGAUGGAAUAGAGCGCGGAUGCAUUCAUAUCGUCGUACAACAUCCUGCCGUUGCACGACAAAUUCCAGCUGUUGAUCGGCGAAUCGCUUAUCUCAAGAAGGGCGCGGGUAGUCCGUCGGCCGGAGCAAAACCAUCCGCAUUCUCUAUGAAGCAGGACCAGCAAGAGUACCUUUGCAAUCGUCCUCGCAGAGCCGCGGACCCUGUUCCCAUUACUCUUCUUGAGCCUAUCUUUGCCGAGUUCGUGGAUGAUUGUCAAAAUCAUCAACCAACCGUCCGUGAUAACGACAUUGUUUUGCAACUGUCGGAAAAGAUGGCCUCCUUCUAUCCCAAUGAACUCGCGCGGAUGAAUACAUUCCGGCAAGUACUCCGGGACUACGGUAUUAUACUGAAUGCUUCUAUGGUUGGCUCGACCGGAUGUACGACGGACGGACAUCUUUUGUCUACCAACGGACAGUUUGUGCUGAUGAUUAUUGAGGGGAAGAACGAGAUUGGAAGCGGCGCUGCUGAACCAUUUAUGGAGGCGAUGCUGUACUACCGCAAGUUUAUGGAAGACUCGAAGAUUGAGAUGGCGAGGCUCCGGUCUUUCAUUCCAUGCAUCCAUAUCAUCGUCUUCGGGGCAUGCAUCGGCUUUUCAGGCUCUGUUUUCACUGAAAAAGUCCAGUCCGAUGUCCUGGUCCCUAUCAUUCCUUUGUUUUGGCAUUCAACAGACCUCCACAUGCAAGUGAUGGCAGCUCAUACUUUCGGGGCUCUCAAAAUUGCCGUCGAGAAACUUACCAAACUAUACUCCCGUCCAAUCCCGUCCCUCGCACCCGAAGAUCCAUAUCUUAAAUGUCCUUACCCUCAGAGUUAUACCACUUCCACCGGUUUCAUUCAGCAAUUCUCAUAUGAUGAGAUUCAAAUCCUCAAGGAUCGACUUAUCUUCUUCGGGGAAACUGUCGGCGGUGUGGCUGGGAGCAAGAUAUGCAUGAAGUUUGUCAGGCACUAUUCCCCUCAGGCCCAUGAAUUCUGUGCCAGCAAGGGGAACGCCCCGAAAAUUAUCGCCUACAAUUCUUUACCCGGCGGCUGGAAUCUGGUGGUUAUGGAUGCCCUUGAUAUUGAUAAUGAUUGCUUUCCGCAACGACCUGGCUCAUAUCGACUACUCAGUGAGAUAAGUGUGUCGGACCGUCAGCCGCUGAAGGAGACCAUCACCACUCUCAUCCGGGAGUUACACAAUCACAAUGACGGCUACGUUCAUGGCGACCUCUGA